AUGCACGCCAGUGCGCUGCAUAGACUGCGGCGUUCCGUGGCAUUAAUUCGUUUACAACUGACAGUUGGUUGCCAAGCUGGACACGAGCUCUUCGUGCCUAUAAACACGAAGGGCGAGUUGUACGAGGUUUGUCCUGAGGAGCUAUCGCCCGCAGAAUGGGAGGGCGAGGGGGGCGCGUCGCCCCCACCGGAGGUGGCGACGCGCGCCCACCGCCUGCCGCACCUCCUAAGCCUCUGGCGGCUGCCGACCAGGGUGCGACUCCUGGCUGGCACCGUGCCGAUAGAGAUGGCGCACGAUGUUGGAGAAGAUCUUCUGCUGCGUGCCGCUGUAACGGAACCAGUGCUGGUGAUGUGUUCGCUCCCGGAAUACGGCUCUAUGCCGUCCAGUCCCAGCAAGCAAAUCGAUCCCCGCUACUACGCGAAGGAAGCCCUUCAGCUGCUUCCGCUUAACAGCAACAUCAAAGUCCGCCGCACGCAGCUCGGCUUCGAGAGCGAGAAACGAAUGUUCCUCUCCGCGCGCCUCCAGAAAGCUCUAACUUUCUGUCAACUAAACGUUGACAACUGGAUCAGGCAGAUCUCCUAUGCGAAUUCGACCGUCGUCAGCAAGGCGAAGACGGCCGAGGACCUCAUUAAGGAGGAACGCGAACCCGUCAAAUUUGAGAAGGAGCGCAAAUUCACUUUGCAGGGCCUGAAAAUCGACACGUCCCGAUUAUUCGGCAAAAGCGAGAAAGUACUCAAGGAUAUACCGGACGAGACGGAGGGCUCCAUCAUAUUCCUGAGCAAGAACGAACUCGAACACAUGAACUACGAUGUGUACAGUGACGAUGAAGGCAAAGAUGAUAAGAGCGACGAAAAAGUUGAACAGGAACAGUUCACCAAUGACAAAAUGCAAGUGUUCCGCGAGGACUCCGGUCACAAGAAGGGUAGAUGGUUCAAGAACUUGAAACUGCUGAGGAGCACGGAGAAACUUGACGACAAAAUAGCGGCAAUUGAAAAUAAUGAUAAGUACAGAGACGUCAAGGACCCGUUCGAUCCUUUAUGUGAAAAACACAGUUCUAUAGAGAGAUAUCAGGAUAUGGCUAAGUUGAUUGAAGACCGAUUUGGGGCGUCCAGAAAAAGUGACGGUACUGCUGAGAAAAGUCAUUCUUAUAAGAGUCUGACGACUUCGUCCUCAGAAAUGGGCACAAGUCAGUGUAGUUCGAACCACAAAAAACCCGUUUUAACGAAAUCCGUUUCAGUGCAGACUGGAAUGCCUGAUAGCCCUUACACAGAAGAAGAUAACGGUAUUAAUAUGAAGCACGGUAGAAAGAACCUCAGUGUAGAUCAAAUAAACUACUGUGGUUCAAUGGAGAGUGACUCGAGUUCUGGUCGUAAACUGAAAUCGUUGGAUGAAAAUAUGCUGAAGAAAUCGUCAGCUACAAAAUCAUCAACAAAUCUUGAAAGACGACAAAGAAUACAACCUGAUCUGAUUCCAGAGAAAGCUAUCACGAAAUCUGAGUCUUAUAACCAAAUACAGAGCUGUGAAGAUAUAAAUAUGUUUGGAGCUGGAUCUCUGUACAAUGAUAAUGAUUUCGAAAUAAAUUAUAAGCAGCAUUCCUUUAUAACUGAAAAACUAUGUUCAGAGUUUCAUGUUAAAACUAAAAGAGUUCUCAGCAAAUCUACCUCUAACUUGCUUCACCCUAAAAAACCUAAUGAAAAGAAAGAAGGUAGUAAUAGCAACAGCAUGCCAACUAAAACUGAACGCUCAAACGAUAGUGAGAAACUUGUCAAUUUUAGGAAAAAGAUCGAUAAGCCAAGAGCCCCUACACCAAAGCCAGAAAUAGAGGACGAAGUUGCUCCUGUAGAUAUUACAGAAGAGCCUCAAAGACAAGUUAAAAUACGUCGAUCAAUAUCGUCGAUACAAAAGAGAAAAUUACCUGUUAUUGAAGAUUUACCUUAUGGACAGGUGGCGGAUGCUGUGAAUGACGAAGAAGAAAAAAUCAACACGGAUUCGAGUUCAGACAACAUAUACGCGGAAAUUUGUCCACCAAACGCAAACAAAGCAAACGAAGAAGAAAGCUACGACAAUAGCAUUGACGUCUUGGCAACCGACCCUGUGAUUUGUAAUGUCAAAAAGGAAGUUAGCAUUCGCAAUGAUGAGAGAGCGAGGCAGAUGGUUGAAAAUCAAGAAAAUCCGUUCAGACACAUCGAAGUGGUUGUAAUAGAGAAGACUACAGAUUUCGAAUUGGAUAAUUCUAGCGUUGCGUCCAGUGAGUUUGAUGACGGGGCGAGUAAAAAUGAUGUUUCCAUAGCGCUUGAUUCUUGGGAACGUGAUAAGGAGCCUAGCCAUUCUGAUCCAAAAAACCACGCCAUAAGAUUAGAAAUAACAAGCAAUAUAGAGGACUAUCCAAUUCAUAAUCAGAAAAAUAAUCUAGAAGUAAAUGAAGUCCGUCUAAUAAAAGAUAAUUCAUUAAGUUUUAGCAACAGUAUCCAUUUAAAUGGUACAUAUCCCAACGAGGCCAUUUAUGAUACUUUAAAA